AUGUUUACGGUUAUUUAUUGUCACACUCAUAAGGCACUUUCCUCUGGACCGGAAGUAUCACGGAGGUAUAUCCUAAAGAAGCUUAAGGAGUUCCUGUCUGGACUAGAUACUUUAUACAGUCGAAUGAUUGAUCAGUUUAGAAAGUCGGAAGAUACUGAGCUCUAUAAGCGAAUACUGGCUGUUAUAUCAAUUGCGUAUCGGCCUAUUACUCUUAACGAAUUAACUGCCCUAGUUGAAAUACCUAAUGAUCUCUCCGAUAACGAUAAAGCUUUACUGGAGAUUAUCGCAAUUUGUAGCUCGUUCCUUACUUAG